AUGGAUGGAGAGGCCCCCACCACGCCUGGAGGACAGAAGGUCACCAACCAGAGGGCAGGAUGGAAAAUGCAGGUGGCCCUCAUACUGUGCCUGCUGCAAGCUGCCAACGCGCUGAAGGGCCCGAGGCUGGUGUCUGGGGAGCCUGGGGGCGCUGUCACCAUCCAGUGUCGUUACACCCCCACGUCCAUCAACAGGCACCAGCGGAAGUACUGGUGCCGCCUGAGCCCCCUGACGUGGCUCUGCCACACCAUCGUGUCCACCAACCACUACACGCACGGUCGCUACAGGGGCCGCGUGGCGCUGGCGGACUUCCCGCACAGCGGCCUGUUUGUGGUGAGGCUGACCCAGCUGGCCCCGGAGGAUGGGGGGUCCUACCGCUGUGGCAUCGGAAACGGGAACGACAUGCUGUUCUUGAGCAUGAACCUGGCCGUCUCCGCCGGGAUGGGCUCUCCCAGUCCCAGCCCCAGAGCAAUGUCAGCUGCCAGUGAGCUCGUCAGGAGAUCCUUCGGAACAGCCUCUCCAGCGGCCAACAGAUGGGCCCCGGGAACCACCCAGACUAUAGAAAGGCGGAGGACAGAAUGGGACAGAGCUGCUCUGACUCCAGAAACCAGCAAAAGAACAGCUUCAGCUAAGGGAAUGCAAACCCCAGGAACCCCUGGGGUGGUAGCUGCAGGGACAGUUAGCCAGGUAGAGAGUUCCAGCUGGGCCACCAUCCCUAUUCCGGAGAGUCCGGCUUCAGCAGUCGGAGGGAUGCCCGAUACAGUGGAACAUGAUCGGCUGUGGGGCACCAGGAGCUCAGCAACAAACAGAGCUGGGGCCAGAGAGGAGAGGAGAGAGACAACCACUGAGGCCACUAGGCCAAGAGAGGAAGCAGAAAGGGUCAAAAUAGCGCUGGCUACAGACUGGACCAUCAUGAAGUCCAUCAGGCCAUCAACACUGGCCUCAGAAAAACUGGUGUGGGAAACCCACCAAGAAGCAAGCUUGGCUUCUACGCCACAAGCCCCGGGCUCCAUUGAAGGGACUACUGGAGCUGCAGGUGUGCGGGCCUGGGGGCCCACCAGCACAGAGAUGCCAUCUGCCGAAGGGAGCACUGAAGGGGACCUAGACAUGCCUGCUGGAGGCAGUGGUCCCCAAACAGCACCAAGCCAGGACCCCUGCUACUUGCACUCCAGUGCUUCUCCAGAAGAGAAAAACAUCUCUCGGAUGCUGACUCCCGUCUCCACGGUGCUGUGCCCACUUGCGCUUGUGGCUCUUGUUCUAUUGCAAAGGAAGCUGCAGAGAAAGAGGACUUCUCAGGAGACAGAAAAGGCCCCAGGAGUCACCUUGAUUCAGGUGACACAUUUGCUGGAGCUGAGCCUCCAGCCAGAUCAGCUGCCCCAUGUGGAGAGGAAGAUACUCCAAGAGGGUUCUUCUCCUGCCUGUGCCACCAUGACGGUCCCAGAGAGGGACCCUGGACCCUGAGGAAUGGAAGGAUAACCAGGACCAAACACCAUGACCCCUCUCAUCCUUCCUCCUCCGGUACAAAAGGAAGCGAAUGGA